AAAAUAAAUAAAUGAAUGAAUUUUGGAUUCUGGCAGCAGCAGCAGCAGCAGCACACAUCUUUUUUCUUUGCGUUCGAGGUGCUAUAAACCCUAGCCUCCCGGAUUUCGCGCUCGAUAAACCCUAAAUUCUCCGAUCUCUCUCCACAAUCUUCGUACACAGAUCGCAUAAUACAUCCAAUGAAAGCGUUGCGAUCGAGCUUCAGUAUGCUGCCAAUAAUAACUCCUGCAAAAGCUUCCCAAUAGAUAUCAAAUCAGUUAUUAUUGUUACUCACAUGGCUUCCAUUUCUAAAAGCUUACUAACUGCAACAAGAAUUGCCCGAUCUUCUUCGUUAAAGUGGGGUCCAGAUCAUCCACCGUCAUCCUUCUUAUACUCACACUCUGCUGCAGCUGUACCUGACCUACUACAACCUGCACCACCUCCGCCUUUGCCCAAGCCAACCGCCACUUCUCGGUCUCAAGAGAAGCAAAGAGGAUGGACACGGUUCCUUCUUUUCGUUCCAGGAGCCAUCACUUUUGGAUUAGGCACUUGGCAGAUCUUCAGAAGACAAGAUAAGGUGAAAAUGCUGGAGUACAGACAGAGUAGAUUAGAAAUGGAACCGAUCGACUGCAAACACAUCACUCCUUCAAGUGAAAACUUGGACUCACUGGAGUUCAGGAGGGUAAUCUGCAAAGGAGUUUUUGACGAGUCAAAAUCUGUUUUUGUUGGCCCACGUUCUAGAAGUAUAUCAGGAGUGACUGAAAACGGAUAUUACCUCAUUACGCCCCUUAUGCCACUUCCAAACAGUCCUGAAAGUUUGCAGAUGCCGAUCUUAGUUAACAGAGGGUGGGUCCCACGGAGUUGGAGAGACAAGUCUUUGAAAGUUCUAGAAGAGGGUGAACAUCCUCAAAUUACAGAAUCUACUGAUAUCCAGCAAGAAAGUAGCUCUUGGUGGAGCUUUUGGUCUAAAAAGCCUACUAUUACUGAGAAGGAGCAUAUUCCACAAACAAAGCUGGAUGAAGUUGUUGGAGUUAUACGUGGAAGUGAGAAGCCUAGCAUUUUUGUACCAGCAAACGACCCGAAUUCAUGCCAAUGGUUCUAUGUUGAUGUUGCUGAAAUUGCUAGUAACUGUGGGCUUUCAGAGAACACAAUAUACAUUGAAGCGGUCAACGAAAAAGUCAACCCCAGUAAGCCAUACCCAAUCCCAAAAGAUAAUAAUGCGUUGAUUCGUAGUUCGGUAAUGCCACAAGAUCAUCUCAAUUAUACGUUUACUUGGUAUUCUUUAUCAGCGGCAGUUACAUUUAUGGCUUUUAAGAGAUUACAGCCGAAGAAGAUGACGAGAUAACGUUUGAUGAUUUUAGUUGCUGAUAAUAGUUUUGUUGCUGGUCCAGCGUUUCUUUUUACCUGUUUGAUAUCCUGACUAUUUGUAUUCAUGGAUAUAAACAACACCAGAAGUGGUUUUGGUGUAAGAAUUUUCUUCGGAAGACACGUUUUUGUGAACACAGGUAUGUGCUUUCCUCCGGAGAUGCAUAUUGUAAUAAUGACGAUUUAUGGAAGAUAAAUCAACAAUGAGCAGAGAUCGAAGUACAAGUAAUAGUGUUUGACA